AUCGCAUCGGCCCGCCAAGACCCGAGCUUGGAUUGGAGUGGGCAGCUUCCCAAAGGUGCACGAUUGACCUCGACAAACACCCACGCCAGCUUGCUCACGUUCAUGAGCAGAUUAAAAUGAAAUAUGCACACGUUCUGUGCUCUUGACUGGAGCUGGUUUUAUCUUUAAGUUAUACUCACAGGUUCAUUGAGCAUCCACAGUCCUGACUAUACGCACGGGUCGGGACCGCCGAGAUUCAAGACCAGGACCAGAUCAGAGCUCCGUGCCAUCACCACACUUUCUGGUAGCGGGUCGCCUGUUGCUACUCACUCGACACCCGCCGACUUCACAAAUCGAAUUGCCGCAUUCCAUUUCAACUUCACUUCUCUGUAUGACAUCUUGAACCUGGCUUCAAAUAACGUCUUAGCGUCCGACGGCGCAGCCAUCGCGGGAGCGGGACAGUCAACAUGGCAUAUAAUGGGGGAUCCGUCUCUGCGGAGCAGGUCGACAUGGUGACGAUGGUCACUGGCUUCGCGGACCAAGCUUUGAUUAGGAAUGCGCUGCAGGACAACCAUGGCAAUGUCUCGAACGUUAUUAAUGAGUAUCUGGACGACGCUGAAAAGUUUCGACGGAAGUAUGGCUGGGACGAGAACGCAUUCUCCGCGGGCCGCGAAGGCGAGAACACUCCGGGGAGCAACGCCAACGGCCCUGCAUUUGUGGUACACCCGCCAGUUAUUUACGGGACCGAGCCGAGCAGCUUCUUCGACACUGCCCCCUCACGGCCUCCGUCGAGAGCAAAUAACAGAUCGCCCAUGAGCCGUCUGGUCGACGUUGCCGUCGGCGAGUACACGACAGAUGCGCCGAGCAACCGGCAGGAGGAAGAAGACCAACUACGGCGGGCCAUCAACGAAUCCUUGAGCGCGUCGGGCGUCCAAAGUCCCCAGACAUUCCCGCCGCCCCCACCGCCGCUCCCGCAGCAGUCGGGCAUUACCAAUAGCCCUGGGCUCCUUCCGAUACACUUUGGUCCUGCCAACCGCCUGGACUACGAUCCGGACGAGUGGGCAAUGAUUGAGCUGAAAAAUAGAGAGACCGAUCCGGACCCGUCUCUUAGGGCGAGGAAGGCCGGAGCCCCGGUGCUCUUACGUUGUCGCCAAGAAAAGGUCUGGGAGAAGCAUCGCAUCGGGGCCCUUUUGAUGAUACUUCAGCAAAUCCCUGCUGCCCGCAACGCGCUGCUCCAGUGCGGCGAGACGCCCCGCUACGGUUAUGGUACCAACGGCGACUGGUGGCAAGGACAGCCGAUAUUGCCGCCAAGUCAGAUGGCCCCUAAUGGAUGGCCCAACGACUCGGCUGUGUCUUGGUCAGACGAGCUUCAUCGCUUGAUCGCCUUUCUCGAGGCAACGGAGCGGUCGUAUGGAACAGCCGAUAUCCUCCCUCAAGCUAGCAAUCUCGCCGGAAAGGAGACUGGAGACGCGGAAAAGGACUUCUUUUCGAACUUCGCGGAAUUGCACCCAGCCGAGGGCCCCAACGAGAACAGGGAGGCGCUCAUCUCCUCAGUCGAGAUUGUGGCAUUUGAUGACGGCAGUCCACAAGGUGGUGACCGAUUCGGUCUUUUGGACCUUCAGGUCAGCAAAGACGCCGACCCCCAACCUGAAGAUCUGUACAACGUUAUGGAUUGGCUCUUCUUUCCGGACCUGAAGCUUGCCAAGGAAGACCCAAGCGCUGCGCGGAUGGCGUGGAUAACCCAACCCUCCGAUAUUAUUACAUGUCGCCUCCAGGCAGACGAUGGGCUGCCCGGGCCGCUCCUGUUACCCGAAACUUUCUUUCUGGACCGGUACAUGAGAACUCGGGGCAAAGAGAUCCAUGAGAUCCAGAUGGAUAUGAUUGCCUUGUGGAAGGCGUACGAUGCCUGGCAGCGGAAGGAGGACGAGCUGAUAAAAUGGGUCAACCCACAGACGAACAAGGCCUACGACCGUAGAGUCCUGAUCAAGGCCGCUGUGCGCCGCUGCCGCGAAAGGAUAAGGAGAAUUAGUCAUCGCGCCUAUUGGAGGGAGCACGAGCAGACGCCUGCUGAUGGUGAGGGCGAAUACUACCUACCAGAACAUGUCGGUAAACCAAUCCUGCUGUCCGAGGAGGCCAGCAUCGUUGCCCACUACCAGGCGAAAACCCAGGAGCUCGAGGGCCAGCUAGCCGAAAUGGAGCGCCUUAUGAAUGAACAAGCCGUACCAGAAAGGCAGACUAUCCAUGAAAUCAAGGCCAGAUUGUCUCAGCUUCUUACGAGGCCCUCCAGGGAAGAGAGGUGGAACCCCACGCACAAGUACACUCUGCGUGGCGUGGUUAGCGACCCAAACACCGUCUACCUGCGAAUGCGUGGACCAGUCGGUGAGCCUGAGGCCACACCUGCCGAGGGUAGUCCCGCCUCCGGCGAGUCCGGCGAAGGGGGGUGGUGGAAGGUGUCCUUCAGGACGGAAGACAACACGGUCGAGCAUACAGCCGUAGAGUACGAAAACGUCUUGCUCGAGGCCUGUGGGACUGGCUGCCAGCCCAUUGCGGUAUAUGCAACAGACAAGGCCAUGGCGCAAGAAUACCUACCGCUGUCAGACGCGCUCAAGACAUUUGUCAAGCUCGAUAACCGCCUCUUCAAGCAGGAGCUGUUGCAGUCCAACAGGAUAGGCCAUAAGCGGAGCGCCGGAUUGGGGGACGGCUCGCAGUCCAAGCGGCUCCAGCGGUCGGUCAGCAUGGACUCUAUGGCCACCAACCAGGCCUCGGCGGGAGGCUCCGAUAACGAUACGCGUGACGGGUCGCUCGACCCCGACCCCAUAGGUACCUGGUCCGGCGGCUCGCCCGAGCGGGGUUUGGUACAAGAUGACAGCAUCCCCGACCUCGUUGACCAGCCUCCUCAGCAUCCGCCUCCCCCGUACGCAAAUGAUGUCGAGAUGGAGACUGGCGUGUCCCCAACGCUCGCACAGGUGACGCUGCAGGAUCCAAAGAGCAGCAGUCCGCCGGCGCCAGAAAUGCAGGAGCGACCGAACGCGCAGUUUGUCACGCGACCGAACAUCAGCGGCAGCGGUGCGGCUGCUGGCGUAGAGGAGGAGCCCCUGAUCGACCUUGGCGAUGGCAACAACGGCCGGUUCGAGGCCCCCGUUAAUGGCCUUUAGGAAAAGGGCUCUUCAAGGGAGUGGGGAGUGGAGCGACGUGGUCAUUCAGGACUGUCAGGAAUGAACUUGAACCAGCCUUCGUCAUCGUCGGCGUCGUCGUCGUCCCGAAUCGAAUCAGGCUCCCCGAGUGCCGACAGGGAAGCUGUGAAGGGGGUAAUCCUCCCUGCUCUGAGACCAAAGAGGAGGGUGAUGAGCGAGGCGGAUCCGGCGGGCGUGACGAAACGGGCCCGGACGAGUGGGUGCUGGUGGUGAGGAUGAAUGUCGGGUUGGGUCGCAUUAUCAGUUGUUCAGUCAUCAGCGUGGUUUUAGCACGGUGGGUUGGGAACGGGGGAUAGAAUACGGACUACACAUUCUGUCAGUUUUAGAGAACCUCAGCGGGGUUCUGGUUGACGUUAUCAGGUUAGUGGUAAUGUAGGCAUGACUUGGGAGUAGCAUCCGGAUGCAUUGGACGGUAUGAUACCCCUGAGCAAGUCCAUCAUCUUGACGUUUAGCUGCCA